GCAACAAGACAGGAAGGAGCCAGAUGCGUGAUCAUUUGGGGAAAGAGCGUUUUAGGCAGAGGGACUAGAACAACGCCGUUAGGGUGGACAAGAGCUUGUCGGACUCCGGAGCUUGCUGCGUGGUCGGGACGUGUGGAGGGUGGACAAAGAUAAGUGAGAGAGGUCUGCAGGACAGGAUCGUGUCAUGUCUUAAGGACAAGAUAAGCUCUCUAGCCCUCCACCUGGCCAUGCAGUGAGUUCAAGGCCCUAAUCCGGUUGUACAACAGAAUUUACACCAGCCCUGAGCCCGGAAAGAUGGUGUCACAGUCUACAGGCCAGCGGGAUUCUCCCGUGGACCCCUGGGAAGGGGUCAUCGAUGAGGCUGGUGACAUUGAUGGUUCACCCAGCCUCCUGGACACUGACCAUCCCCCUUGCCAAUCAGAUGUGAGGUUCACGAGGCCCAGAGCUGCCUGGGUUAACCCCCAGUGUGUGCAGCAACAGCUGCAGGAUCUGCGCCCCCAGGUGCCAACAGUUCGGAACAGUGGAAGCCACUCUGUGGGGGAUGCAACCUCUCCCUUGGGCCCUUCACCGUCGUUCCCUGGGGACUCCGUGGUGGAGACAUCAUUUUCAGAGGAUGCUGCAGAUGCCAUGGGCAGCAACCCUGCCCAGAGCUCAGGUGAAAAGAGCAGUGACUUCUCUUGUACCUCAAUGGAAGAGCGAGCGGUGCUCCCGAGCUGCUCUCCUCGGAUCCCUCUGUUCACAAGCUCCAAGAUUUUGGCUGCUUCCCCGUGUCCUGACAAUGCUGAGGCUGACAAUGCUUUUUUCAAGCCUUCCUACUUGACAGCUUCUGCUGAUGAAGGUGCUGUUCAAGCCAACGGAAGAAACAUUUCUCUGAAUUCCUUCCCACCAGAGGCCUUCGUGCUCCCUGUCGAUGUAGAAAAGGAAAACGCCCACUUUUAUGUUGCAGAUAUGAUUAUAUCAGCAAUGGAGAAGAUGAAGUGGGACAUCCUGAGUCAACAGCACCCAGAGAACUGGAGUGUGGAAGAAGCCAGUAGGUCAUCUGGGGAUGAUCAAGCUGACUCUGAAGUGACCUUUUCUCCCAACGUAAAGCAGGAGUCUGGGUCUUCCACUUCUUCAGACAGUGGCUAUGAAGGUUGUGCUGUGUUACCGAUCAGCCCAGUGGUUGAAACACCUACUUACUAUGAUGGGAUGAAAGAGGACUGCAAAUGUGAUCUUGAUGAAUUUGUUAUUGUAGAACUUGGAGAGUUUGGCAAUACCACAGAAACCUGCGGAUGUGCCUGCAGCUCCCCCAAGAGUAUUAUUUAUGAGCUAGACUUCAGUUCUGCUGAGCUAACAGCCAAAGAGUUGUACCGAGUAUUCCGGAAGUGCUGGAUGUUGUCAGGAGUUAAUUAUCAGCUGGCAGGUUCCCUGGAUGCAGCUGGCUCAAUAGUUGUAAAUGAAGAGCGUGUCCGAAAAGACUUUGAAUCCAGCGUGGAUGUAGUACAGGAAAUUAAAUUUAAGUCGAGGAUCAGAGGAACUGAAGACUGGGCGCCCCCUAGAUUUCAGAUCAUAUUUAAUGUUCAUCCACCACUCAAGAGGAACCUUGUGGUAGCAGCCCAGAAUUUUUUCUGUGCUGGCUGUGGAACUCCAAUAGAACCUAAGUUUGUGAAGCGGCUCCGGUACUGCGAAUACCUGGGGAAGUACUUCUGCGACUGCUGCCACUCGUACGAGGAGUCCUGCAUCCCUGCCCGGAUCCUGACCGCGUGGGACUUCAGGAAGUACUACGUCAGCAAUUUCUCCAAACGGCUGCUGGACAGCAUCUGGCACCAGCCCAUUGUCAAUUUGUUGAACGUCAGCCACAGCCUGUAUGCGAAGGUCAAGGAACUGGACAGAGUGAGGGAAACCCAGGAGCAGCUUUUUCAUAUCAAGAAGUUGUUGAAGACCUGCAGGUUUGCUGAAAGUGUAUUAAAGGAGUUUGAGCAGGUGCCGAGACACUUGACUGAGGAGCUGCACCUGUUCUCUCUGGAGGACCUGGUCAGGCUCAAGAAAGGGUUGCUGGCGCCCUCGCUCAAGGACGUCCUGAAAGCUUCCCUGGAGCACGUCAGCGGCUGCGAGCUGUGUCAAGGAAAGGGCUUCAUUUGUGAAUUUUGCCGGAGUACAGCCGUCAUCUUCCCAUUUCAGACAUCAACAUGUAGAAGAUGUUCAGUGUGCAGAGCGUGCUUCCACAAGCAGUGUUUCCAGUCCUCCGAGUGCCCCCGGUGUGCGAGGAUCACAGCUAGGAGAAGACUUUUGGAAAGUUCGCCCUCCACAGAGACGUGAUGCCCCUGAGUAUUGUGAAAAAGACUGUUCAACAUGCCUUAUAACACGGAUUUGUGUCUGUUAUUGAUAACAUUGUUUUAGAUAUCAGGUAUUGUAUAUUAAGAAAAAAGAUGGCCAAUGUUCUCUUUAUUAUAUAUAUUUAAUUUUUUAAAAGAAUGCAGAUACUUUAUUAUUAAGCAUACGGUUGUUGCUGGUGGUUUUGUUUACAAAUGUUCAAUGUUUUUGCUGCUACUGUUUUUUUUUUAAGAGUUUUUUUGGUACUUCUUAAGUUGUAUUUUAAUAGUUGUAUUUAGCUAAUGUUGGAGCCUAUUUUUUGUGGACUGUAGCUGACAAGAUGAAUUACUCAGUUCUUCUUCCUGUAAAGCUUGUUUUGUGAAAUGGAUUGGUACUGUCGAUGAACAAAAAUGCAACCAAAAAUGUUUGCUCGGGAUUUUUUUCCGACUUAAAUGCCAUUUUUGUAAUUGUAUCAGUCUUACAGAUUUUACUUAUUCCAAGGUUUGUGUUAGAGUACACAUUGCUUCUGCCACUACAUCUAUUUUAAGAUCCUUGAAUUGCUUAGCAGUGCGUGGAGGUGCCAUUUGAAGCAGUUGCCUCUAGAUGGCGCCCGUUCAGAUGGCACAAAUCAAACCUGUGUUUGUCAUCUCUGUUUCACAUGCUAAAUCAAGGGAUGCUCCCGUGAGCAGAACUUUAUCUCUGCCCUUUAGGGUUUUGUCUCAUCCAUAUAAAACUGAGAAUAAGGUAUUUUCAGACUUAAAUUGUGGGAAAAUACUGUUAAUGAACAAUGCAAUUCUAGUAAUAACAUGAAAAUCAUAGACAUCAAUUAACAAGGUUAGGUGAA